CGAGGAGGUUCGCGGAGCGAGAAAUGGAGUCGGAAACCCUGGAGCUCGUCUUCACCGAGGACGUUCAGCUCACCAAGUGCAUGCGCAUGCGCGCCCACAGCCUCCAGCACAAGAACGCCAAGCCUCAGGACGGGGAGAAGCUGCUGAAGGCCAACGAGUUCAUCUACCGGCUGGACUUCCUCCGCCAGAAGCUCGCCUUCUUAUGGUGGAAAGCGAGCCUGCAAACGGCCGGCAAGGUCACCGUCACCGGCACCUCCCAGCACUGGACGCCGGAUCUCACCAACCUGAUGACCCGGCAGCUCCUGGAGCCGGCGGCCGUCUUCUCCAGGGAGGAGGGGGAGGGGGAGGUCCGGUGCAACGAGGCCGAUUCCCAGGAGUUCGGGGAGAGGCUCUGCGAUCUGGCCAAAAUCCGCAAAGUCAUGUAUUUCGUCUUCGCGUUCGCCGACGGGGCCGAGCCGUCCGGCUUCACGUGUUCUGUCGGGUUCAGGGCCUGAAGAACGUCAACACGGACCACGAGACUUUCCUGGCGUGAUAUCGCCAACAUACGCC